CACCAGGAACAGGAAGUAUUACAGAGGACCUGACAGGAAGAGCUGAUAAACACACUCACACAUACGCACACACACUAUUAAGUUAUGUGCUGUGGUGAAUGUGCGUUCAAGGGCUGGUGUAUUGUCUCCAUUCUCUGGGAAAGGGGUGCAAAGUUGUGUGUUGAGUGUGUGUCCGGCAGUAUGUGUGUGUCUGCGGAGGUAGGAGUUUGUGUUGUGUGUUGUUAAUGGGGCUCUCGUUGUGAGGAUGAGUGACUCGUUGGAGAGGACCACCGACACCCCUCUGCCUGGGCCCUCAGAGAAAAUACCCGGAGAGGGCUCUGACCCUGGGGAAGAGGAUGAGGGGGGUGAUGGAAGUGGGAUGCGUUGGGAGGAUGGAGGCCUGUCUGUGGAGCUCCAGAGGGGGAUGGAGACGCUUCGUGUGAGUGGAGAGCUGACCGACGUGACUCUGCGAGUUCAGGAACAGGACUUCCCCUGCCACAGAGCCGUGCUCGCUGCUGCCAGCCACUACUAUAGGGCGAUGUUCUGCAGUGGUCUGAGAGAGUGUCAUGAGAAGCAGGUGGAGAUUAAAGGGGUGGACAGUGAGACCAUGAAGAUUCUGCUGGACUACACCUAUACCAGCCGAGCCAUCAUCACACACACCAACGUCCAGAGAACGCUGGAGGCCGCCAGCCUGUUCCAGUUUCCUCGUGUAGUGGAGGCCUGUGCAGGGUUCUUGGCUGACUCUCUCCAGCCAGAGAGCUGUGUAGGUGUGCUGCGUUUGGCUGAGGCCCAUUCCCUGCCUGCUCUGAGGGACAGGGUCCAGGACUACCUGGUUUCAGAGUUCUCCAGAGUGGUUCAGCAUGAGGAGUACCUGGAGCUGCCAGCGGGGGCACUGCAGGACGCUCUGAAGAGAGACGACCUGGGAGUGACACGUGAGGAGAGUGUGUUUGAGGCUCUCAUGCGCUGGGUGCGAGCGAAGGAGGAGGAGCGAUGCCUCCUACUGGCUGGUCUUCUGUCACACGUGCGGCUGCCACUGCUGGAGCCGGCUUACUUCCUUGAAACGGUGGAGGCCGACCAGCUGAUUCGCCGCUGUGACAAGGCCUUCCCCCUGCUGCAGGAGGCCCGCACCUACCACCUGUCAGGCAACGAGGUGGUCACGGAGCGUACCAAGCCCCGUUUACAGCACUACCUGUCUGAGGUGUUCAUGAUCAUCGGUGGCUGCACCAAAGAGGAGCGCUUCGUUGCCACUGUGACCUGCCUUGACCCCCUGCGCCGCAGCCGGCUAGAGGUCGCCAAGCUGCCAAUCACAGAGAUGGAGGAGGAGUCCCACAACAGGAAGUGGGUGGAGUUUGCUUGUGUCACCUUCCGGAAUGAGGUGUUCAUAUCCGGAGGAAAAGAGACACAGCACGAGGCGUGGAAGUACAACGGUGCCCUGGACAGGUGGAUCCCAAUUGAGCCCCUGGUGACUGGGCGUUGGAGACACAAGAUGGCGGUUCACGGGGGGAAGGUGUACGCCCUGGGGGGGUUCGAUGGGACUCAGAGACUCACCAGCGUGGAAGCCUACGACCCCUUUCACAACCGCUGGACACAGGCCCCACCCCUCCUGUUGGGCGUGAGCUCAUUCGCUGCGGCAAGCUUCGAUAAGUGGAUCUUUGCGAUCGGGGGUGGGCCCAAUGGGAAGCUAGCCACUGAUAGGCUGCAGUGCUGGGAGCCAGGGACUGAGAGCUGGGGCCUGCGGUCGCCCAUGCCCAUCGAGGCCAAAUGUACCAACGCUGUCACCUUCAGGGAAUGCAUCUAUGUAGUUGGCGGUGCCAUGCAUGCUCUGUACUGCUAUUCCCCACAGUCAGACAGCUGGUCUAUGGUGACCCGGCUGGGCGAGAGGGCGAGCUGCGCCAUCGCAGCCUGUAACAACAAACUCUUCAUCACUGGUGGCCGUGACGACAAGAACCAGGUCAUCUCCACGGUAAUGUGCUGGGACCCAGUCACAACCACAAUGACCGAGGAAUGUGUGUUACCGCUUGGUGUCUCUCACCACGGAAGCGUCACACUCCACAAGUCCUACACACACAUACGCAGGAUAGCACCUGCGACCGUGUCUGUGUGACAGAGAACUGGGACUAUGUGUGUGAGAAUUAAUGUGUGGAGAAAAAGAUACGGGGACGGGGAGCAUGGACUGUGUGUGGGUGUCAGCAUUUAUACUUGAAUGCACUUAUUGUAAGUUGUCUGCUAAAUAACUAAAUGUAAUGGUAAGUUUUGUUUCAUAAUAUUUUUUGAAAGUGUAAUAUCACAUUCAAACGGGUACCACUAAAUAAAUAAAUAAACUACAUUUGCAUGAAA